CUAAUACUUCUCAAAAUCUCAUAUUAUCUUAAACUUUAUUCAGUGGACAUUGAGGAAAAAGUCAACACAGACGAGGGGGAGUAGAAUGUUAGGAGAGUGAACAUGAUUGGUCACCGGAUGUGACUGACAGUUUGAUUAUCUAAUAGAAGCUCGGACUUGCGGUGUCGUCGGUAGGGUUUACCGCUGCCAAGUUGCUGUUUACUAGCAGAGGGCGGUAGGGCUUAAUAAAACAAAAUAUACGCAGUAGCACACUAGCAGUCCCCGUCUAAGUUUGAGUAACAAACACUCCUUGACCACAGUGCGUUGUCAAUAUACGCAGUUUAAAUCAGUUUGUUCGCAUCUCAACGUAGUGUAAAUUGGAAUGCUGGCCGUCUUCUUUGCUAGCAGUUCCCUACGUGUUGUUCCAUUGGAUUCAGGUGAGGAAGAAGUAGCAUCAGAGGACUGCUUGUUUCCCUCCCCUCUUUCUGUUCUUCUACAGGGCACCAGCCAGAGACACACAGUCCCACCCACCAGCUACGAACAAGACUGCACUGUUCAACAAGUUUCUUCUCUACACUGCAUUGGGCUAGAGACGUUAUCAAGUCAGCACCUCUUUUCCAAGUUGUAUUUUGCCAUGGAGACCCCUGGCCAAAAACGCGUCAGCCGCGGUGCCACCACCGUUCUUUCCCCUACCCGCAUCACCAGACUGCAGGAGAAGAAAGACUUGUGCAACCUCAACGACCGUCUGGCCGUCUACAUCGACAAGGUCCGAUCACUGGAGGUCGAAAAUGCUGGUUUACGGAUGCGGAUUACCGAAAGUGAGUCUGUGGUCAGCCGAGAAGUGACGGGAGUAAAAGCAGCCUACGAGACUGAAUUGGCCGAUGCUCGGAAAACCCUGGACCAGGUCGCCAAGGAGCGAGCUCACCUGCAACUGGAGCUGAGCAAACUGAGGGAGGAGCACAGGGAACUGAAAGCCAGAAAUAUUAAGAAGGAGUCGGAUCUCGAGGCAGCUCUGGCCAGAUUGAGGGACUUGGAGGCCCUGUUUAACUCCAAGGAUGCUUCCCUUAAGACUUCUCUUGGAGAGAAACAAGCCCUGCAGAGUGAGGUGAACGACCUCAAGGCCCAGUUAGCCAAGCUGAAGGUCAGUCUGGAUGAUUCAAAGAAGCAGCUACAGGAUGAGAUGCUGAGACGAGUCGACGCAGAGAACCGUCUGAUGACAAUGAAGGAGCAACUGGAGUUUCAGCAGAACGUCUACAAAGAGGAGCUGCGUGAAUCCAACAGUCGUUUUGAGUCUCGCAUGGUUGAGAUCAACAACGGACAGCAGCAGGAGUAUGAGAGCAAGCUAGCAGAGGCCCUGGUUGAGCUUCGAAGGCAGCAUGAGGAUCAGGUUUGCCUCUACAAAGCUGAACUGGAGAAGACCUACCAGUCUAAGCUGGAGAAUGCCUGCCAAUCAGCUGACAGGAACAGCCACAUGGUAGGAGCUGCUCAUGAGGAUCUGCAACAGAGCCGUGUUCGAAUCGAGACCCUGUCGGGCCAACUGAGUCAACUGCAGAAACAGCUGUCCGCCAGCGAUGCCAAAGUGCGGGACUUGGAGGAGAGCCUAGCACGAGAACGUGACCUCAUGAGGCGUCGCCUGGAGGCUAAAGAGCGAGAAAUUGCUGAAGUACAAGCUCGGAUGCAGCAGCAACUGGAUGAUUACCAGGAACUCUUGGGCAUCAAAUUGGCCUUGGACAUGGAGAUCAGCGCUUACAGGAAGCUGCUGGAAGGAGAAGAGGAGAGGCUGAAAUUGUCACCUAGCCCUCCCUCCGCCAAGACCGCAGUUGCCCGUUCCUCCGGAUCAGGCCACGCCCACACCGGCCGCGUGCACCAUUCCUCAGCUGCCGCCGCCGCCGCCGCCUCCAGCAGCCGCAGCUCAUCUGGUAUAGCCAUCAGCAAGAAGCGCCGUCUUAACGAUAAUGACAGUGAGACCUCCAGUACAACAGGCACUGUUACUAAAACUCGCAUUGGCCACCGUGCCUCAGCCAGCGGCCGUGUCAGUAUAACUAAGGAAGACCAGGACGGCAAGUACAUCCGCCUCAGCAACACGUCAGACGAGGACCAGUCACUCGGCCACUGGCAGGUGAAGAGACAGGUCGGAACCUCCAGCCCGACUGUGUACAAGUUUCCUCCAAAGUUCGUGCUUAAAGCUGGAGGAACUGUGACGAUCUGGGCUGCAUCCAGUGGUGAAACCCACAAUCCUCCCACGGACUUGUUGUGGAAGACCCAGGACUCGUGGGGCGUUGGUGAACAGACGGAGACCACACUCAUCAAUGCCAACGCAGAGGAGAUGGCCGCCAGAAAAGUGACACGCAGCCUGUUCCAAGAUGACGAGGAGGAUGACGAGAGAGCACACAGCACAUGUGGUGGGGAGAAUGAAUACUUCCUACGGAGCCGCACCGUCAUUUGCGACACCUGCGGGCAGCCGUCAAACUCCCGCCCAAGUGGCGGGGGUUUACCUGAGGGCCUACUAGGAGCUACCUACUUUGUUGGCACAAAUGAGCCCCGACAGGGUCGUGCCAAGCCUGAGAAAUGCUCCAUUAUGUAAAACCAAGCCGUAAACAUCUGAAACAGCGCCUCCCGCAGGAGAAUUAUUGAAUACCAAAAAGUUUUUUUUUUUCAUGUUAGAUUUUGCUUCAGUUUCUGGUAGUUGGUAUAUGAUUUUCAAAGUUAGCUAGAGAUUUUCUUUACUUAUUUUUUUGCAUGUCUUCUCAGUGAGGCCAGUAUUGUAUUCUGCUUGACUUGCAUGCUAUUGCACACACACCGGUGUAGGUGCUUUGCGCUGGGGUUUAAUAUAUAGUGGAAUCGCUUAGUGACGCAUAACCCAUACCCACCCCGGAGGUAGAUGCUGUAUUAGGGAGUGUUUUCUUGAGAUAUUGAAUGUGCCUAUCAAUAAGAGAAGAAAUCCUGUGCCUUAAACGUCCUCAGACCUUAACUCCUCAUUACACUACCAUCACACUACUUUUCUCAGUUGUUUUUUUUUUCCCAGGACAAACUCCACCUUUAUGUGGUCUUCGUGUCCCUCUUUCUUCCUAAACUUGGAAUCGAUCAUUUGUAGUUCUCCAUUUCUUUCCUCAACACCACAACUAACCGGGCCUUUAUGCUAAUCUAACAUCCAACUUAUUUUUUUUUUUUUUUUUGCUAAAUUCACAACUUGACCCCAUCCUUCGUUCUUGCGCUGAUUACUCUUCCUCGCCGGUUCUAAACUCGCAACAUAUUUUGCUUCCUUAACCUCCAGAUGUAUAUCUCAACUCUGGACCCUCACCCAGGGGUGUCAAACAUACGGCCUGCAGGCCAAAACCGGCCUAUUGGAAUGAAUUUUGAACACAAGAUGAUACACUAACACUUCAUGUUUAGUUAUUAUUUCACGAAAUGAUUUGAUUGGUUGAUAAAAUAUUUAUCGAACUGCUUUUAUGCAUUUAAACAAAUGGGGGGAAAAAGACUUUUGUUAUUUAUAGGUAAUUAUGUUAUGGUCGUACUGGUCCGGCCCGCUUGACUUAACGACUAAUUAGGUUGCACGCGACCGCCUGAACCAAAAUGAGUUUGACACCCCUGGCCUUACCGCUAAUCAUCCCUUGAUUCCUUUUCCUCUUUCCUCGCUGCUUCCUAUCACAGCAC